ACCUCAUAUUAAUCCUGUCAAAACAAUUUGGAGAUCCAAAGUUCAGUAUUGAUGUUGUCUGAAAUUCAUAAGUAUUCUUGAUGAAAGAUGGCAACUAAAGCUGCACUGCCUGUCUUUGAUGGAGAAGCUUCUGAAACUGAAAGCGAGGAGAGCAUUCAUAUCUCGUUUUAUGAGGAUAAUAUUGCCGUAGAUGUGAAUGAUGAGGUGCAAUGUCUUGAGAUCAAUGGAGAAGAUUCUGAAUCUGGCGAUGAAAAAGCCAGUGUAUCAAGUAUUAGUACCACAUCAACUAUCACCACAGCUAAGGAGCCAAUUGAAUUGAAAUCUAAUAACCGAAGUCAGUCCUUGUUGCAUCACAAACUGAGAGAAUCAAAUAGCAUAUUUUACAAUGACUUGGAAGAUUUAAUUAAAGAUUUUGUAAAAGAUAAUAAAAAAUCUUUGGGAGAAAUAGAUCAUCACAUUUCUAAAUCCCAGACUAUUUUACAAGGUGCCUCCCCCUCUUUGAAGAAUUUCAAUUGUCAAUCUGUUGCGCUGAAGAAUAAACUUGAGACACUUUUAUCUUCAAAUUUUCUAUCCAAUGUGAAGGUUUUCAAAUAAAUCAUCUCAAACAAAAA